UCCGCGCCGCGCAGGUUAAGAAGGGACGGCGGGGAGCGGAGAGGAGCCUUACCCGAGCCCAGCCAGCAAUGGCCCAGCCGCGCUGCCGCUCCGUCCUCAUCACCGGCUGCAGCCGGGGCAUCGGGUUGGGGUUGGUGAGGGGUCUGGCAGCCGCCAACCCCUCCCCGGAUUUCGUCUUUGCCACCUGCCGCUACCCCGAGAAGGCGCAGGAACUCCAGCAGCUUAGCAAGCAAUACAGCAAUAUCAAGCUCCUCCAACUGGAUGUGGUCUGUGAAAACAGCAUCAAGAAAGUAGUCAAGGAAGUGGAGGAAAUUGUGGGAGACAAAGGUCUGAACUGCCUCAUUAACAACGCUGGCAUCAACGUUCUUGCUUCCUUGGAAGAAGUCACAGCAGAGACAAUGCUCACCAUUUAUGAAACCAACACAGUUGCCCAGCUGAUGGUCACCAAGGCGUUUCUACCCCUUCUGAGGAAGGCAGCCCAGCUGAGCACAGGAAUGGGCUGCCACAGAGCUGCUAUUAUCAAUAUGUCCUCUCUUGCUGCCUCCAUGCAACUCGUCCAGGCAAAUGAGAUGUUCCUCAAGGUCUACCCCUACAGGAUAGCAAAGACUGCACUGAACAUGAUCACCAGGUGUCUUGCUGCAGACUUGAAAUCGGAUGGAAUUCUCUGCAUUUCUUUGCACCCAGGCUGGCUUCAGACAGACAUGGGAGGAAACAUGGCUCCCAUGCAGGUCCAAGAGGCUAUCCCAGGAAUUCUCUCCGUUCUGGAUCGCCUUGGUGAAAAAGAAAAUGGUUCCUUCCUGGACUGGCAAGGGGAAACUCUACCGUGGUAGAAACGCAGAGUUUGCUACAGAAACAGCAUGUCACUUGCUAUUUAACUUGUGCCACUAAUGUCUGUGUCUCUAGGGUUUUCUUAUACGCUAGUUGAAAUAGCCAGCCUCUCUCUAGGUGUAUUUGGAAAGUGAGGUGGCUGACUCUUCUACUUGGUAUUGCUACUGCUCUGUUCUAAUGCUUCCUGCAGAUACUACUGUGCCCUUAGUGAUGGGGAUCUCCUAGAACCAUCUAAAAAUAGAUUAAAAACUGCAAGUUAAAUCCAGGGGCUGGUUCCUCUUCGCUUCCAAAACCAAAUGGGUCUCUCGCUCUCUGCAGAAGUAAAUUAUGUGACCUCAGAGUAAGGCCAGUGUAGGCCACCAGAUUCCAGUAUAUUCACUCUGCUGGAGACAUGUCUCUGGAAAAGGCUUCCUUCAGUCCAAACUGAGCCAAGGCUGAAAUUGCCCAGCUCUAAACUACAAGAAUUUGGUACUUCUGCAGGUUCCUUGGCAAGCUCUGAGCGUCCCCAGGUUGACAGCGCACACCAGGCACUUGCUUUGUUCCCAGUGGGUGACUAACAUCCUAAUAUGGGGGUGGGAAUGUUGUUUUGUACAUACACUUCUGAAGUGUCUUCAAUAAAGUCUUGUUUAAACAAA